AUACAUAUUGUGGACAGACUUAGAUUAAAGGGAUUCUUUAAUGACAAAUGAAAGCAGUCAUGAUUUUCAGACUGGGGCUACUUCAAAAGCCUUUAGCUCAUUAGUGCUUAAUGAAAUAAAAGAAGGUAGACUAUUGGAAAAUAAUUUUUCUCUCUCUGUCUCUCUCUCUCUCUCUCACACACACACACACACACACACACACAUAUAUAUUUAAGCAAGUGUGGUGAAGCCACACCGCAUCAAAGGAGCUUCACAAAACAAAAACAGAGAUCUUUAAACUACUAGACACACAAAAUAAACAUCCAUUUUCAGUCACACUCACAGACACAGUGAACUAGUUUGCUUUUAAGUUUAUUUAGGUCCUUCCCAGAGGAGAUCUGCGUCUUACCCGCCAAACUGCUUAAAUUGCUUAUUAUUUUUCAGCGUCGUCGCGCAGCAGUCACAUUUAAUUGUUUAUUUCACUCCUCAAGUCCACGAGCUUCAUAAAAGACCCGUGUGAGGAGGAAGGCUGGAGAGCAGUGAUAUGUAAAUGACAGCUGGAUGUGUGAAGUGUGUGCAGCAGUAUACAGUGAGCUGAGCGGUACUGUAGACGAAUUCAGAACACUUUGGCUGUGGCAUUUUUGGCAAUAUCGACAUGACAACUUUUGAUUUUUCCGACGUGGAGGCAUUUUUGGAUUGCCAUCCGGAGCUUUUUGAGGAAUAUCUCGUCAGGAAGGGGAAAUGUGACACCCUGAGCAGGUGGAUCAAAGAGCAUCAGCCGUCCAAAACGUCUCCGGUGGAGGAGAAACGCGGGGUCGCGAGGGACCCAUUCUGGCCCACGAACCCUGAUGGACUGAAGCGCAGAUCAUCCCACAUGGAGCUCCGCAGGAACUUCGCCCGGUCCAAAGCGAUGACGGCGCACCGGACCUACGACGAGCACGUCAGUCUCACGGCUCACGAGUCCCAGUCAAGUAUGCGACGGCGCGCGCUCUUGCGGAAAGCCAGCUCGUUACCGCCGACCACCGCGCACAUCUUGAGCGCGCUGCUAGAGUCCCGGGUGAACGUGCCUCAAUAUGCCUCCAGCGCCAUUGACUACAAAUACAGACUCAAAGAGUCCAACGAGAGGGAGUUCUUCCUCGAGCUGGUUAAGGACAUUUCUAACGAACUUGACAUGACAAACCUCAGUUACAAGAUUCUUAUCAAUGUGUGCAUCAUGGUGAACGCAGACAGGUGUUCGCUUUUCCUAGUGGAGGGACCGUCUCAUAAGAGGACACUCGUGUCCAAGUUUUUUGAUGUACACUCGGGUACGACGGUGCGACCCUCUUCGAGCACUUUGGACUCAAACGAGGUGCAGGUUCCGUGGGGAAAAGGCAUCAUAGGUUAUGUAGCAGAACACGGAGAAACCGUCAACAUCCCGAACGCAUACGAGGACCAUCGGUUCAGUGAUGAGAUUGACAAACUGACGGGCUAUAAGACUCAGUCCAUUCUGUGCAUGGCCAUCCGCAACAGUGACGGUGAAGUCAUCGGCGUAGUGCAGGCCAUCAACAAGAACCCCAGCGGAACUCCAUUCACUGAGGACGAUGAGAAGGUGCUGCAAAUGUAUUUACCAUUCUGCGGAAUAUCGAUCUCCAAUGCCAAACUCUUCUCCGAAUCCCGCAAGGAGUAUGAGAGGAGCAGGGCCCUGCUGGAGGUGGUGAAUGAUCUGUUUGAGGAGCAGACGGACCUGGAGAAGAUUGUGAGAAAGAUCAUGCAGCGUGCGCUGACAUUGCUGCAGUGUGAGCGCUGCUCCGUCCUUCUGCUUGAAGACAUCCACUCCCCUGUAGUGAAGUUCUCCCAGACAUUUGAGCUUAUGUCUCCACUGUGCAGCGUCGAUCAUGACAUCAGCAUGGAGAAGGUGUCUUGCUCGGACUGGCUAAUCAAUAACAGCAUUGCUGAGUUGGUUGCAUCAACCGGCCUGCCUGUUAACAUUAGUGACGUCUGUCAGGAUCCCCGCUUUGAUGCUGAGGCGGACCAGGCUUCUGGUUUUCAUAUCAGAUCAGUUUUAUGCGUCCCCAUCUGGAAUCGGACACAUCAGAUUAUUGGUGUUGCCCAGAUUCUGAAUCGCUUGGACAGGAAGACAUUUAAUGAUGCCGAUCAAAGGUUAUUUGAGGCAUUUGUUAUUUUCUGUGGUCUGGGUAUUAACAACACAAUGAUGUAUAACCAGGUGAAGAAGACUUGGGCCAAGCAGUCUGUGGCUCUAGAUAUGCUGUCCUAUCAUGCUACGUGCUCUAAGGCAGAGGUUGAUCGACUGAAAGCUGCUAAGAUUCCCCUAAGCAGUGAGCUCGGGAUCGAUGAGUUCCACUUUAAUGACUUUUCUCUGGACAACGACGCCAUGAUCACUGCCUCCCUGCGGAUGUUUUUGGAGCUUGGUGUCGUGCAGAAAUUCAAAAUUGAUUAUGAGGUGCUGUGCCGCUGGCUGCUUACCGUGAGGAAGAACUACCGCACCGUAGCCUACCACAACUGGAGGCACGCCUUCAACGUCUCGCAGUGCAUGUUUGUUAUGAUCACUACUGCUGGGUUCCAGGAGGUGCUGACAGACUCAGAGAUUCUCGCACUUAUGGUUGGGUGUUUCUGCCAUGACCUGGACCAUCGGGGCACAAAUAAUGCCUUUCAGGCAAAGUCUGGGUCAGCACUGGCGCUGCUGUACGGAACAUCUGCCACACUUGAGCAUCAUCAUUUCAACCAUGCUGUCAUGAUCCUGCAGAGUGAGGGUCACAACAUUUUUGCUAAUCUAUGCUCCAAGGAGUACAGCAACAUGAUGCAGCUACUGAAACAGGCCAUUCUGUCCACAGAUCUCACCUUGUAUUUCAAAAGAAGAACCAAGUUCUUUGAGGUUGUUCUAUCUGGACAGUUCAGUUGGAGUAAUGAAGAACAUAGAGACAUGUUCAGGUCUAUGCUGAUGACUGCCUGCGACUUGGGUGCAGUGACUCGACCAUGGGAGAUCUCAAAACAGGUGGCUGAACUAGUGACGAGUGAAUUCUUUGAACAAGGUGACAGAGAGAGAUCAGAGCUGAAGUUGACACCAGCUGCCAUUUUUGAUCGUAAUCGUAAAGAUGAGCUCCCUGUUCUUCAGCUGGAAUGGAUUGAUGGAAUUUGUAAGCCACUAUAUGAGGCUCUUGUGAAGUUGAAUAGGAAGCUUCAACCGAUGGCAGAUGGAAUUGAUGCCAACCGAAAGAAGUGGGAGGAGCUUUGUCUGUCCUAUCAGCAAACACGCAGAGCCUCUGAGUGUAUCUCCAGUCUAAAGGCAGGGGAGAUAGAAUCCUCUCAGAGUUCAGACUCCACCCACGAGACAGAAUCAAGUCAGGGUGAAGCAACCAAUCAGAGCAAAGACUCCACCCACUGUGUGGAGCCAAAUCAUACCCCAGUAGCCAAUUACAAAUAAGAGGCAUGAUGUGGCAAUUAAAGGACGGCCCACUGAGUAAUUAGGACUUUGACAGCUUUACUAUGUUUACAUACAAAAAAAAACAUGUUAACCAACUUUUUUUUUUUCCUUUCUUUUUUUACAUAGAUUUCUUUGAGAUUGACAGUAUUUCUAUUGAAAUUAAAGACAUAGUCCAUCCAAAAAUGAAAAUUCUGUAAUUUACUCACCCUCAUGUUGUUCUGUGGAACAUAAAAUAGAUAUUUUGAAGAAUGUCGGUAACCGGUUUCGGCUCCCGUUGACUUAAACUGUAUGGACAAAAAAAUAUAAUGGAAGUCAACUGGAACCGAAACCGUUUGAUUGACAACAUUUUUCACACCGUGCUUCUUUUGUGUUCUGAAGAGAUAAGAAAGAGCAGGUUUGGAACAACAUGAGUGAGCAAAUGCUGACAGAAUUUUCAUUUUUUUGUGGACUAUCCCUUUAAAUCAGGCACUUGCACUUGCAGCAUAAUUUAAAACAUUAAACAAUGACUAUGGUUUUAAAAUGAAAGUUUAACAACCCAUAUUUUUGAGAUUAUAAUGGCAUAUGUGACAAAACUGUGAAAAUUCAGGUGCACAAAAAAUUGAAUGUCAGAAUUUGUAAUGUGUCUAAUGCUCAGAGCUGCUAUAUUGCAAGUUACAAGUUUGCUUUUACAAAGCCUGGAAUUACAUAAAUAUAAAACAGAGUUGCUGAUAGGAUUCCUAUAUUGAGAUGCAGAAACUGAGCACUGAUUUGAUGAAUGUAUAAAUUAAUAUCACUGUGAUUUUUUGCUGUUGUCUCUUCAGACUUGCAUGGAACCACUGGGACAACUGCUGAUUGUGUUAUAAUUUUAUAUUGAACAGCACUGCAUACAAAUUGUUUAAUGUUUGUGUAUGCAUCCUUAGCCUCAUGUACCUUUCAAUCAUAAAAUAGUAUAGCUACAUUACUACAACUUUUACCGCAAAGAUACAGUAUACAUUGUCGUGCACAUGAUUGCAUACCAACUGUUCACAUGGCAAACAGAAGAUUAUCCAGAAUGAAUGUGAAUCAGGGAUACGUCCUUGAAAGUUGAUUUCUAAGAUGAACCAAAGUCAAUUAUCACAGUAUUUAAAAAGUGAAUUUGUUGCAUGCAAAAACAGACAUCUGUUCUUGGCAUGUGAGUUUCAGUGUUUAUUUUUGUCAUGUUUAAAUUUAGUAUGUGAAAUUUAUUGUAUUUUUUUGAAUGCACUAGGAAUGCCAUGAAAUGCAUGCUGCAUAGAUUCGACAAAAGCAACUUUCUGCUUUAAAUGAGAGUUAAACUCUCGGGUUGUGUUGCAGUCUUGCUACUAAUGUUUAUCAGUGUGCACACAGUCAGAUUAUGCUCUUCAGUUCAGUUUGUCUGCCUUAUUAAAGUGAAAUGUACCUAUUUUUGCAUUUAUUAUGAUUCGACAUUUCAAAGAAAAGAGAAAGAAUGCAUUUAUAUUCAUACCGUGAAAAAGAAGGCCAGAAAUAGCUUUUAUAUUUUAUUAGCUAUAACAUAAAAUGUUCAUAUAUCAUACUUGGUGCCUCAGCGUGUCUCUUUUAGAGAGAUUCUCAUGCUGUAUUUCAAUGGAUCAUAUAUCCAUCAAAUGCCACAUGAAUGAAUAUGAUAUACUGUGCAGUUUGUAAGAGGUAAACAGGGUUUUUUCUUGCCAGACUGAUUGCUGGUCAUUUUCCUCAGGCUGUUUUGUAAAUAAAGAUCACUGUGAUGCACGCGAGUGUGGUGAUCCGUGAUUGGUUGCAUGAAGCCCUGCUUAAAUAAUUAGACUUCUUGUGUAAAUGUCUCAUAAGUCAUAUUAUCAUUCAGAAACAUAAUUUGCAGAACUCAUUUCCCAGCCUAACCUUUCGUGCAUAUGAGUUUUGCAUAACAGAUAUGCUGUAAUUUGCAACAAGCCAAGAACGCAAACAGCAAGCAUAGCUUAUGUAAAACAGCAUAUGCAUAAAUAUUUGGCCUGGGUGAAAGUGUGAGCACUGAUGAAAGCGAGCGUUUGAAGUUGUAGCUGCAGAGAGAGAGAGGCUUUGUGCCGGACAAGCCGACUGAUACAAAAGCAGCGUGGCCGGCUGCAACCAGCUCUGCUCUCUGUAAUCUAUUAUUCAGCAGGGACUCGGCUGCCUUCCUGAGGCUUUAAAACCAAGAGAAAACAGGAAUGAGACAGAAUAACUUCAGUUCUGUGUGUUUCAGCACACAAUCUAUGCCUGACUCAGAACCAACUAACAAUUCCCAUAUUGUAUUAUAUAUAAAAGAACC